GCUCCGCGGGGAACGAAAAUUAUGUCAUAGUGUCAUAGCUACGAGUUUGUACCUAGGUAGCUAUGAAGUAGAGUAGUAAAAAUACUUGAAGCUUGAUUGAUUGAUUGAUGAAGCUUAAUAUCUAUCUAUUUAUUUAUUACUCUGUUCGAUUGAUAUUUUGUUGAUAUAUCUAUUGUAUUUAUUUGUUAUUGUAUUUACCAUCUAAUUAUACGAAUUGAAUCGAAUCGCAUAUAGAAUCUCGAGCUCGGGAAUAUAUAGCUUGAGGAGGAAUCGAGGAAUCGAGGAAUUUCUGGAUUUUGGAUUUUGGAUGUAUAUUGUAUCGAAUUGAGGAUCGAGAAUCAAGAAUCGCAAAGUCAAACUUCUAAACUUUCAAACACGCGAUUGAUAGAAACAUCAAUAAAUUGUACUUAUAUCAACAUAUACAUACCUACAACACGAAACGAUACGAUACGAUAUCACAAUGACACCAUCAAAUCUCAAACACAUACCACGUUCGCUUUCCAAGCGCUCGUCAUCUAUCUCUAGAGCUAUAUCUGUAUCUCUAUCUAUCUCUCCAUCUACAUCUACAUUCUCCCGCACAAACUCGCGGAGACCAUUCGCCAGCACCGCUUCGAAGAAAGAUCAGAAUCGGAUAUAUUCUGCAGUCCGCUAUCCCCACGACCUAGCUACAUACAUCAGUCUCAGCACUUCCAGCUCCAAACCCCUGUUGACGCUGUGGACCACAAGCUACUGCUCCACCUGCAAAACCAUCUCUCCUCUGCUCCAGCAAAUCCUCGAAGCGGGAGUGGGGGAACAGGAAGGCGGAGUGCUGUUUGCGGAAGUGGAAUAUGAUGCGCCGGAUGUUAUGAGUGAGGGGUUGGGGGUGAGGUAUAUGGUGAGGAGUGUACCGAGGUCUAGUGGGGUUUGGAGGGGAGAGGUGAUGGGUGGGGAGGGGGAGAGGUUGGGGAGUAGAGAAAUUCAGGAUUUGGGGAGGGAGGGGUUGGAGGAGUGGGUGAGGGGGGCGGCGAGGAGAGGGCGCGAGUGGAGAGAGGGCAUCCGGGGGAGAGGGACUUUUUGGGGGGGUUGUGGAAGGGUUGGGGGAAAUGAGGGGGGGUGUUUGUUUUGUUUUUUAUGUAUAAAUAGAUGGUUUGGUAUUCGCUUUGUGGUUAUAUAUAUAUUUAUAUCAGAUAUUCCCAUAUCAUAUCACAUCAUAAAAUCAAAUGGCUCCAAAAUUCAAAUACAGUAUAUAUAUAUCCACAGCAUCAACCGAUCUAUAUAA